CUGCUGCCUUCUCCCUCCCUGCCGCCAGCCUACGCCCACCUCGCUCCGAGAACUCGCUACAACGGAUCCCUUGCACGUCUUCCCGACGCGCCCAGAUCGUAGACGAGCAAGAAUCGCCGCCAUCAUGGCCUCGUCGCGGAAACGCACAAGGCGCGACAAUGAACCCGAACCUGACGCGCCAGAGCCCCCCAAGGAAUCGUCCCUGCUCCAGCGCGUCAGAAAUACCUGGCAGUUCGCCAACCUGUUCCAGUGGAUCUACCUGUUUGGCAAGGUGGUCAAGAUUGACGAGAAUAUUGACGUAGAUGACUUGGAAGCCGAGUUUCUGAAGCCUCGUUCGCCCGUCUUGGUCGGUAUCGGCCUUGCUCUGCUCAAAUUCGUGUCGUCGCACCGCGGCCUAACUCCGGAUCUUUUCGAUGAGUAUACGCGACGGCAGUACGCCGCUAGAGCGCCCGACCGCAAUCCUUUUGGUACGGCCGAGACGCCAGCCAAGUUUGUCGAUUUUGACGUGUUCACAAAGAUCAAGGUCCUACACCAACUCACACAGUGGGUUAUGUUGCACCCCGAACGAAUCCGCGAGAAAAUGGACGAGCAAAAGCCCAGCGACCAAACCGAAUGGGUGCGGAUAAGAAUCGAGCCCUCCGGGUGGGACUGCGACGACCGCACGUACUAUAUCUUAGAUGACAAUAGGAUAUACCGUAUGACAGAUGCCCCACCUACGCAUGCGCCUUGGAAGCCGAAGAAAAACACCAAGAAGGCGAAGGCCGCGGCGAGAGCCGCCAAACGACGCCGCGUCUCGCGAUCUACAGCGCAGAACGGCGGAGACGUGGACGACGGCCCUACUUCAGACGCCGAUCAGGCCCCCGAGCCCGAAGAUGAUGGCCUUGGAGGAGCGAAGUGGGAAUGUGUCGCCACAAACCUCGCAGAAGUGCGGGGGUUUCUAGCUACGAUCCAGAAGACGCGAGACGAAAAUGAGAAAGUCCUCAGAGGUACCAUCGAAAAUCACCUUCUUCCUAUCCUCGAGAAGCAGGAAGAGAGUCGGAAGCGAAAAGCGCUACAAAAGGAGAAGGAGCUUCUUAACCUCGAAAAGAUGGCGCACGCCAAACGAUCCAGCCGCCUGGCUAACAAGGCCGAGCAGCAGCGACUAGAGCAGCAGGCUAAAGAAGAAGAGCAGAAGCGCCGCAUGGAAGAGAUCGCAUUCCGCAAAGAGGAACAAAAAAGGCUCAAGAUGGAGAAAGAGCGCGACAACCGGAUGAUGUCUCGGGAGCAGCGGCUGCGAGAACGGGAGGUCCGACGAGUGCAGCACGAAGAGGAGCUAGCUCAGCUUUCCGAAGACAGCAAGAAUCUGAGCAGUGGGACUGGCCGAUUGUCCGAAAGGCGGCUGAAGGCAGAAAUCGAGAAGAAUAAACAAGCCCUGCAAGAGCUCGAAGAGGAAGAGGAGGACUGGAUCUUCGACUGCAUUUGCGGUGUGUACGGCCAGGUCGACGACGGCACCCAUAGUGUCGCCUGUGAGAGGUGUAAUGUCUGGCAGCAUAGCAUGUGUGUCGGCAUCAGCGAAGAGGAGGCUGACCGCGACGACUUCCAUUUCGUCUGCAAGAGCUGCGAUCCGAAGAAUUCGUCACGAGGCGCAACGCCGAAGCCGACCGUGAUCAAGUUCAAAAGGAACCGACUUGGUUCUCCUUCGCGCCCUACCGCGAAGCCGGACGACCCAACCGCCCCCGACCCACCCCGAUUCGCGCAGCGCUCUCAUGUCGCGGUCGAGAUACCCACAAACUCUCUCCCACACCCAUCGAAUGGCCCGAGCCCAGUCCAGCAAUCUGCGACGGCCAACCACUCCCCAUUUGACGCAGCUGCCCAGCCGUUGAUCCCCGUCAAACAAGCAGGCCAGCCUAGCGCUCCCUUGCCCUCUUCGCCGCACCCAAACGGCGAGGGACCCCAUCCGUUCUCCUCGCCACACCCAAAUCUGUCGCCUCCGGAGCAGUCGCCUAAUAAGGCCAGAGCCUAUUCGACCAUGUUCAACCAAUCCUCGCCAAUAUCCAAGCCUCGCCUGGGCGAGAUCAAGAUACCACAGAAGGGCGUGUUCCAUGUUUCGCCGAAGUCCAACGGUGCUGCGCAGUCGACUUCUUUGAGCGGCCUCGCGCCUCGUCUAGACACUCAGGCGCCCGCUACCGCCCCAAGACCUGAUUCGCCCGUGAAGCAGCCCCUGGACGCGGCGAGCAGCAGCUUCUCAGCUCCUUCGCCGUCUGCUGCGUCCCUCUCUGCCUCGGCACGGCCUCCGAGUCGCGACGGCGGUAGCCAACAUGCCGCACUCGCUACGCCGCAACUGAACAAACUCGACCAAGCAAGGUCGAGGCUUGACCUAUCGCCGACCCUUCGACCAACGGAGAAUGGGAUUUCGCCGCUCAAGAGGUCACCGCCACCUAGUCAACAUUCGGGUAGCGGUGUGUCAUCGACGCCGGUUCCCGCAAUCCUCCCGCCUGUAACGGCUCUCUCUCCGUCACCUUCGCAGCAGAUCCUGACCCCCCCAAUCAAGCCAGCGUCCCCACACUCGAACAGCUUCGUCGGAGAUGCGUAAUGUGAAAAGGAAUUUCGACAAGGGUCAAUGGAGUUGUCUGCGGCCGACUCGAGAACACUAGGGGAAUCGAGAAGGAGAAUAACGCGAUAACACGCGGCGCACGGGGACAGAACAGGCCGUAUUCCGGUUCUGACCCGACACUACGACUGCUACUACACGGGAGAUACGCUAGGGCAAGAGGAAUCCUAGGCAUAA